AUGCUUGAUGAAUUAGAAUUAUUGGUUGAAAAAGAAUUAGCAAAGUUAAAUUCUCUCAAUCCAGUCGAUAAGAAUUCUCAAGUUGUCUAAAUACCAUUGAAAUAAAAUAAGGAUACUGUUAAUCUAAUCAUCUAAAUUGAUAAGCCUAAAGAAAUUAAAAAUCAAUUAAUAGAAUAAUAGUGUUCAUUCAGACCUAUGCUAUCUAGGAAAUCACUUAGAAUUGCUGAAAAAUUAGGAGAUGCAAAAGAAAGAUUAACUAAACCUAGAUCAGUCACACCUGAAAUCAAAGAAUAAUCUUAAUCAUAAACUAGAAAAAGAACUAUUUCAGGAAUUGCUCCUAGAUGGGAAUAAUUAUAUACAUUAGAUCAAUUUUAUAAAUCUAAAAAAGAAUAAUUGAGACUACAAUUAGAAAUGGAAAGAUCAAAAGAAAGUGAAACCACAUUUUAACCAGAUCUUUCUAAAAGUUAAACUAAAUAUUGUGAUUUUAGUAUGCCUUUUCAAUAAAGAAAUAGAUAUUGGGAAACUAAAAAAUAACAAAAACUUAUUCAAUAUUAAAAGGAUGUCUAAAAUGAAAGUCAAUCGUUAUGUACCUUUAAACCUUAAGUUAAUAAAAAAAUUGAAUAAAAAAGUGUCAGAGUAUCAGAAUUCAAUAAAAAAGGACUUAUAACAUAUUUUGAAAGAGUCUAAUAGGCAAAUAAGAAAAAAGAAGAACCUAAGAAAACCUCAAAAUGGAAACCUGGAGUUACUAUACCUUAAGAAUUUAAAUUAAGUCAUACAAAUAGACAAUUAUGA